CACAGGCACAGCCAUGCACAGACUGCUCACCACAAGAGACUACUUCUGAGCAUCCUUCUCCUUCAAGGUCUCCUCUCCUUCCCAAGCCACAGGAACCAGAGUCAAGAACAAGAACAAGGACAGGAAGUGACAUCAAUGGAGCAGAACUUCAAGGACACAUUGGAAGCUGAGAAAAAGCAAAUGAAUGGUCAAACAGAAGAAGCACCUCAAGAAACGACGACACCCGAAGAGUCAGUGAAUACAAGUGAGAAUAAUUCAGAUACAAAUGAACAAGAAAAAAGUGAAAACAAUGCAGAAAAGAAUGAAGAAGAAAAAAGUGUGAGUAAUGGAGAUGAAGAGGAAAAUACAAAUGAAGAAGAGGACGAAAAAGAUGAAGAGGAGGAUGAACUGGGAGAUGGUUUCCAGCCUUCGGUUGAGAUGUCAAUCCAUCUAUUUGAAAAGGACAAAGGGGAAAUCAACCGCCCUAGUAGCAGGUACAACACUGUCAGCUACAGGAAGAUUAAGAGAGGAAACACAAAGCAGAGAAUAGAUGAGUUUGAGUCCAUACUGGAUGUAUAACAGUGAAUGUUUUCAUGUGGUUCCUUCAAAAGGAUGUGAUUGUUAAACUUCUUCAUAGUUAAAAGGCUUAACACAUGCUCACACACAAUCACAUGAACAGUAUUUUCUGACAGCUUAAUUGUUAAAAGCCUAUAUCACAUUUUUGUAGAGAUCAGUAGUUGUAGAAAUCACAUUGUUUAGAAGCGACAAGCCUCAUCUCUGAUUGAUUUAAAGUAACCCCUCAUUUAGCAGCGAGCCAGAAAAACAACAUUUAUUUGUCUACAAACUAGAUUUUUCAUUCAUGAAUGCUCCUUCAAAUAACACGCAGUCUGUCUAACUAACGCAGGCCUGAUCUCUAUUUACAUUUAUGCAUUUAGCAGACGCUAAAAGCGACUUACAGUGCAUUCAGGCUAUACAUUUUUUUUGUAUCAUAUGUGUUUCCUGGGAAUUGAACCCACGACCUUUUGCGCUGCUAACGCAAUGCUCUACCACUGUGGCUUGUGUAAGUAGUGAAACCAGAAUUGUCUAAGUAGUUGCCAAAUCACCAUUAAUGAAUUACUGGGAGAGCUUGAAGUUACAGUAAGCAUACAGUAUGAAGGGCAUUAUUGUAUUCCUGUUUAAAAUUCGAAUUCUAAUGUAAUUUUCUAAUGUCGUGUUUAUGGUUUCAUGGCUUUGUAAAACAUGCUCACACAUUUUAAAACACAGAAAUAGACAUAAUAGCAGUUCAUUUUUUCCAUAUUCAGAUUUGUAUAUGUAAUGUAUGCAUACUGUGAUUAUAUCUUUGGACAAUUAGUAGUUUUCAUUGUUUUCUAUAAUGACUUAAUGUUACUUGAUAUCUGCCAUACUAGAAACUGCAUUCAUGUAAUCUGUAAUAGUUGUUGCAUUCAUGUUAAAGUUGUUAUGGCAUUCUUUUUCUCUGACUACACAAAAUUAUUUUUAUUUUACUUUUUUUUUUCAUCUGUUUAAAUUGGCUUAAAUUGACUGUAAAUAUAUUUACAUUUUAACCAAGUUGAGGCAACACAUUAAAAUGUUUUUAUAACAUAAUAUAAUAUAAACAUAUUUCCUCACCACUAGAUGGCAACAUUGUUUUGUCUUGAUAUAAAAGAUGAGGAAAGCGGUUUGCACGAGGUGUCUCUGUCUACUUUCACAAACUACGUUUCUGUUAAUGGGUAACAACGUCUUCAUUUGAAUUUUGAAAAUUAUCCGUGAUCACAUGUAUUUUUCUAAGCAAAAUCCUGACUGUUAUGCGUUCUGUUAUGCUUAGUUGUAGAAUUAAAACAUUCAUCAUCAACUAAAGAAAAUAAAUAGAGAUGGAUGAUUUAAAACAAAUCAUCUUGGCAACCCUUUAUAAACCAGUCUAAUAUAAAACCAGAAUAAAACGACAACUUGGAUAAUAAAAUCAAACUCUGACACGACGAAGGAAGACCAACAAAUUGUUUACCGUUGUUUAACUAAUCAUUUUUAUGUGGCAUCUAAUGUAUGUAUAAUCAAUGUAAUGAGAUAUUUACUGCAGUAAUUAGUUUAAUUUGGGUGUUUAUG